AUGUGCACGUACAGAACAGCAGUCAGGGGCAGAUGGGUUGAUCAGAGCAGCCGGGGCACUCACGCCUUGCCCUCUCCCUUCUCGUUCGCAGUGAAGUACAUGCAGGAGGUGACCCCCUACAUCAAGAGGCCGUCGCUGGUAUCGGACUUGCCCUGGGACGGGGUCGCCCCCCAGUCCCCGAGCCUGAGUGGCAGCGAGGACUCGGGCUCCCCCCAGCACCAUGCCGGCGCCCGGGACUGCAAGGUGAUCCCCCUCAAGAUGUGCUACGUGGCUCGAAACCUGAGCAUGCCCGACCUGGAGAACAGGCUGAUCGAGCUGCACUCCCCGGACAGCCGCAACACGCUGAUCCUCCGCUGCAAGGACACGGCCACGGCCCACGCCUGGUUCACAGCCAUCCAUGCCAACAUCGCAGCGCUCCUGCCGCAGGUCCUGGCCGAGCUCAACGCCACGCUGGGUACCAGCAACGCUACAGGCAGCAGCAAGGAGGUCAAGCAUGUCGCCUGGCUGGCGGAGCAGGCCAGGCUGGAUAGGGGAAGGCAGCAGUGGCGGCCAGUCCUCAUGGCCAUGACGGAGAAGGACCUGCUGCUCUAUGACUCCAUGCCGUGGACCAGGGAUGCCUGGGCAUCGCCCUGCCACAGCUACCCCCUCUUGGCCACCAGGCUGGUUCACUCUGGCUCAGGGCGCCGGUCUCCGUGCCUCGGCUCCGAGCUCACCUUUGCCACGCGGACGGGCUCCCGUCAGGGCAUCGAGAUGCACGUCUUCCGGGUGGAGACACAUCGGGACCUCUCAUCCUGGACCCGGGUCCUGGUGCAAGGCUGCCACGCCGCCGCUGAGCUCAUCAAGGAGGUGGUCCUAGGCUGCACGGUGAAUGGCCAGGAGGCGAAGCUCACGAUUCACUACGAGAGCGGCUUCACCAUCUCCAGGGAGGAGGCGGGUGCCAGCAGCGUCCUCUUCCGCUACCCCUACGAGAGGCUGAGGAUGUCCGCGGACGACGGCAUCAGGAACCUCUACCUGGACUUCGGCGGCCCCGAAGGGGAGCUGACUCUGGACCUACACUCCUGCCCCAAGCCCGUCGUGUUCGUGCUGCACACGUUCCUGUCCGCCAAGGUCACCCGCAUGGGGCUACUCGCGUAGGGGCUGGAGGGCGGCCCGAGCGCCGCGUCCCCAUCCCCGCAGCGGCAAAGCACAAGCGUCCCCACGUUCUCCCGCAACACUAGUGCCUUGACCAGGCCCCGGGGCUCGCGGCUGAGUGGCAGCCCUGCCCCUGGAGCCACUGGCUGCCUGCACCGCAGCCCUGCCUUCUUUAGCUGCACCCCUGCCUGUCUGCGGCUGAGCUCACCUCGCUCAGCCCCUCCACGGACGGCGCUUGGCUGCUCCGAGCCGGGGGCUGCUGGUUUGGCGGGGCGGUGGCAGCAACAGGAGCUGACUCGAACUAAUCCUCACUGGGGUAUUAAGCCAUUGUUACUGCUUACCAAGUGUGCCUUGGGCCUGGGCAGAGCGGAGCUCUGAGCUGCCUGCUCUGGGGGGUCAUGAUGAGGGGGUAAAUGCACAUGAGGGGCUGGGGCAGCUCUUGGGAGUGGGGGGUGUAGCCCCCCCUUGGUGCUUUAACCCCAGGCUGCUUAGCCAGGCCCCUGCAGCCAGGUGGAAGCGCCAUGGAUCCGUUUUCCUCCGAAGCUUCCCCAUGCCCGUGAGCCUGGAGGGCAGGGGCCAAACCCAUGCAUGUGAUGGGGCCCAGCCUGGGGGCUCUGCUCCCUCUCUUUUCCACCAGCUGGGAGCCAGGUUGCGGCAUAGCACGGACACUCCCGCACCCACCGUGGAGCCUGCCCCAGCCAGAGGACUGAACAGCGCGAAGCAGCGAGGGGCCAGGAUAGGGUCUGUC